AUGGGGAAUGCGGGGGGAGACAGCAGGGCACAGGAGCGCCUGGCUGGCGUCCCCGGUGGGGCGGGAAGUAAUCUGUGUUGGAGGACGUGGAGCCAUGACCGAGGGGACCAGAGGUGCUGGCUGAAGGAGCAGGCUGGGGGUGGCAGGGGACAUCUCCCAGGAGCCUUGACCUCACUCUGGUUCAACGGGCAUUUAUCGAAUGAGCUCUGUGUGCCCGGCCCUGUGCUGGCUGCUGGAGAUACCAAGACAGACUUUGCUUCGGCUGCUGUAGACAGUGGGGCAGGUUGUUCACUGCACAAAAACAUCCAGCUGGUGUCCUUGGGUGCUUACCAUGUGCCCGGAACAGUUCUGAGCAACUUGCACGAUUGUCACCGGACUGAGAUUAACGCCUCGCUCGCCUCCGAUGCAAAACUUGAAGAGGUGCCCACAGAUGCAGCCAGCGAGGCCCAGAGACGGGCAGAGAUGUCCCCGGGUCACACAGCGGCGGUGCGGGAGGGCAGGCAGGGAUCUGGGACCGAGCUCCCCGCUGCGGCGCUGUGCGUUUCCAUGGCAGCCGGGCGGGAGCCGGCCAGAGCGAUUAGGCAUCCAGAGGAGCGGCUGCUAAAAAUAGCCCGCGCAGCACCGAGUUCAUUAGCCGCUGGGCUUUUGGCUGCCAGGGCCACGCAGGUCCCAGCCGCUCUGUCUCUGCCUCUGAGCCACCCGUUCAAGCUCCAUUCACACCCCGGCCACGGGCCCCCUGGGAGGUCCUGGAGAUGCCUGGAGGCCUCCUGUCUGUGGUCCCCAGCGGGACCUAGCUCCACACCGCAGCCAGAGAAGGAGGUGCUGGCCAUGGGGCAGCCCUGGCCAGUCCUGGCCCUGCGGGCAGUCAGGGUCUCACUGACCCUCCUGGGGCUGCUGGUGCCCAUACAGGCGGUGGUGCGAGCCGUGCUGGAUGGUAACUCAAGCACCGUGGAUUUUGCGGACCUGCCGGCCCUGUUCGGGGUGCCCCUAGCCCCCGAAGGCGUGCGGGGCUACCUGAUGGAGGCCAGACCGGCCAACGCGUGCCAUCCCAUCGAGGGCCCGCGGCCGGGCAACGGCUCCCUGGGUGCCAUCGUGCUGAUCCGCCGGUACGAUUGCACGUUUGACCUCAAGGUGCUGCACGCCCAGCGGGCCGGCUUCCAGGCGGCCAUUGUGUACAACGUGCGCUCUGACGACCUGGUGCUCAUGGCCCAUGUCUACGAGGACCUGCGGCGCCAGAUCACCAUCCCCUCAGUGUUCGUGGGCGAGGCCACCUCCCAGGACCUGCGGGUCAUCGUGCGCUGCGACAAAUUGGCCCACGUCCUCCUGCUGCCCGACCACCCACCCUGCCCGGACCUGGACUGCCACCCCAUGCUGGCCAUCUCCUGGGUGCUGGGCUGCACCCUCGCCCUGCUCACGACCGCCUUCUUCGUCCUGCGGUGUCUAUGGAACUGGCUGUGGGCCUGGUGGGCCCGCAGGCCAGUGGUCAAGGCGCGGGCCAGCCAGAGGGCCCAGGUGAGCACUUUCACGAGGCUUAACGACCUGUGUGCCAUCUGCCUGGAUGAAUACGAGGAAGGUGACCAGCUCAAGAUCCUGCCCUGCUCCCAUACCUACCACUGCAAGUGCAUCGACCCCUGGUUCUCCCAGGCUGCCCGGCGCUCCUGCCCUGUGUGCAAGCAGUCGGUGGCCAGCACGGAGGACGGCUCUGACUCCACCGUCGGCAGCUAUGGGGACGAGGAGGACCCCUCGCUGCCUGGUCACCACCCCCCGAUCUGGGCCAUCCAGACCCGGCUGCGCUCCCGGAGGCUGGAGCUGCUGACCCGAGCCAGCGCCCCCCGCCGCUGGAGUGCCACCUCCGUGGGGGCAGCUGAGGCCAACGCAUCCUUGGAGGGGCCCCCAGAGCCCCUCUGA